CACACAGAGAAAGCACUGCUUCUGCACUUCCCAACAAUAGACCUUCAACACUCAUUCAGAAAAAGGAGCAAACCUUUUCCUUCUUUCUCCCUCCCUCUCUCCCUGUCACAGAAGCAUCGAAAUCAUAAAGCUUGGCAGCAGAAUGAAGGGAGAGAAGAAGGAGCACAAAAAAGGGUUGUGGACAGCAGAGGAGGACAGACUUCUCGCGGACUACGUGAGUGUGCAUGGCAAGGGGAGGUGGAAUCGCAUUCCCCAGAUGACAGGCCUGAAAAGAUGUGGCAAGAGCUGCAGGUUGAGGUGGAUGAAUUAUUUGAGCCCGAACGUGAAGCGAGGUGAUUUCUCGGAGGAAGAAGACGACCUCAUCAUCAGACUCCACAAUCUUCUUGGAAACAGAUGGUCGCUUAUUGCGGGGCGAGUUCCUGGGAGAACCGAUAAUCAAGUGAAGAACCAUUGGAACACUCAUUUGAGCAAGAGGCUCGGGUUCAAGAAAGGCAAGGGCAGAGCCGACGAUAGUCCGAGAACCAGCCUAAAAAAGGAGAAGGAGAAUCAGGCCGUAGCGUUGGGCUCGAGCCCGAAUCAACCCUCCGGCGACCACUUAAACGAAACUGCUCAGAAAAUCGCGGGGGACGACGAGCCGUCUCAGAGAGCGCUCGAGUGCGAUUCCUCACAGCAAUUGGCUGCUCCGGGCAAUGAGUUCCAAAAUCCCUUUUGGUUAUUUAACGAUGGUCUAAAUCUUUAUAGUCCCGAUUUCCUGGAACAUUUGGACGAGUACGCUCUAGAUCUUGUAUUUGAUGGCUUGUAAACGCAUUCCCUUUUCUCACCUUGAUCCGAAGUAAUCAUUAUAAGUGAUUAA